AGGUGACAUCAAGUGAUCAGUUAGCCUGUGAGCAAGGGAGAGAGUGGUCUAACCGUAGGCUCGCUUAGGCAGGCAGCGAACGCAGCAACUUGUCUUUCCGCCUCAGCAAUGGCAGAAGCUGUUAUAAGACACUGGGUGGAAACUCCUGUCCGCUAUCAAGAGCAGUUUACUGAUGAAGAUCUGGAAGAACACAAACUGAAUCACUCUCUUUAUGCUUUGCCGGGUCCUUUUACAGCUUCAUUGAGCAGAAGAGGGAAAAUUACGGAAAGUACGGAUGGGGCCGAGGUGAGCAGCCAGGAAGAAGAAAAGAAAGGCUUUCAGGUCUUGCUGGAUGUUGUGCAGUUUCGCCCAGAAGAUAUCAUUAUUCAGACUUUUGAAGGCUGGCUCCUGAUCAAAGCUCAGCAUGGACCCAGGAUGGAUGAGCAUGGCUUCAUAUCCAGAAGCUUUACCAGACAGUACAAACUGCCCGAUGGAGUGGAGAACAAAGAUUUGUCUGCACUCUUCUGCCAUGAUGGCAUUUUGGUUGUUGAAACGAAGAACUCAGUGGGAAGUCAUUAGAGUCUCGUCCAUAGUGUAUCGGCCCCACAUAGAUCCAACUUUAAGGGAAAGAGGGGAAAGGAGUCCUUACUACAGACACAGGUCUAAUUUCUCUCCCAGUUUCUCUCAUCUAAAAAGAGUGGUAGAAAUUAAACAUCUGCCCACCUAUUUGCUGGUCUUCUCAAUGUUUAAAAAAAUGCUCCAUGUGAAUUUGCAAGUGCUCCAACAUUUGAGAAUAUCUAGAGUUGCAAAGUGAACUGUCUCACAUAUACUGGAGAUAAGUCUGACUGCUGUGCUAUGAAUAGUAGAGGAAUGUGGAAAGGAAAGUGCCAAGUUAAAUACAGACUCUAUGAUAGCCAUCUGCUAUAUGGCCAAAUGAGAAAGAUAUUCAAAUGAAAUUGAAUACCAAUAUAGUUUGAAGACUAUGAAAAAAGAUCUGAUUAACAAAACUCUGUUUUGUGCCAGCUGAAGCCAGAGAGUUCUUUCAGUUUUAAACAAAAGCUCAAAGGGUGCACUUCAACACACGUCCAUCCACUGGAAAGAUUUAUGUUGUGACUGGUUAGACUUGAAGGCAUUUGAAAGCAAUUCACUUAAAAAAGUGAGGAGUCCAAUUCUUGUGUUUUAUUUUGUAUUUGAACUAACAUGAAAUAUAUUUUAAAAAAUUGCAGAAUAAGUUCUGGAUUGUACAUUUCCAUAAUGAGCAAUUAUUUGGGGGGGCUUUUUUUAUUAAUUCAGAAACAGCUAUUUUGUACAAAACCAGGCUAAAUAAAAUCAAAUGUUCCUAGAUUUUCUUUCAGUCCACACUCCUACCUUA